AUGGACCCCCUGGACAGAGCUCAAGUACUCCUUCUCUGUGACCUGUGUCAAAGGGCUGCAUUGCAGAGUCAUUGUGAACUUUGUCAAAUUAACCUAUGUAAGACUUGUGUAGGGGAGCAUCUCUCUGAUUUAUCUAAAAGACACAAUGUUGUACCAUACAAUCAGAGAAAAUCUACUCAUAACGUGAACUACCCAAAAUGUCCAAACCACACCCAGAAACAUUGUGAACUUUACUGUGAGAAAUGCGACAUUCCUGUCUGUUCUACCUGUAUCUCCUCUGAUAAACAUUCUGGGCAUAAAUUUACAGAUAUCUUACAGAAACCCAGCUUCAUUAAAGAAAUUUUAAACAAGGAAUUGAAAGAACUAGAAAAAGCAAUAUAUCCUACCUAUGAAGAAAUUGCAUCAGAUUUAAAUUCUGAAAAACUUAUCUUGGAAAAACAUUAUGAGAAACUGACAACAGUUGUCAUCAAACAUGGAGAAGACUGGCAUAAAGGAAUUAACAUCAUUGUCAACAAACAGAAAUCUGAAAUUGAUGAGAUAAAAACUAAACAUCUGGCUGCUCUAAAUCAUCAGGAAACUGAAAUCAAACAAAUUACUUCUGAAAUAAAACAGAGCAUACAAGAUCUGAAGAAAAAACUGGACUCCAGUGAUGCCUCUAUAACCUUGGCAUACAAAUCCAGGAAUGCUGAAUUCAGAACUUUACCUCCUAAAUUAAAUUCUUCAUUACCAUGUUUCUGUCCUCAACAGAUCAACAUAGAACAGCUCCAUCAAAUGUUCGGUUCACUGUCAGCAUUAUCCAUUACAACAGAUGAAUAUGGCUACAUAAUGAAGACACCAGAAGCUGUAUCUUGUCUUUCAGUCAAACCACAGCUUGAUGCACCAGAGAUCAUCACUACCAUCAGCACUGGGUAUACUCCGCUAUAUAGUCUUAGCUGUCUCAGUGAUGAAGAAAUCUGGACACGUGGAGGAGACAAAAUCAUUAAACUCUACAACCUCCAGGGUAAACUACUGAAGUCAAUUCAAACCAAGUCAGGGAACAUACCUCGUGACAUAGCAGUGACAAGGAGAGGAGAUCUAGUUUAUACUGACCCUGAUACAAGAACUGUAAACAUAGUGAAGAAUGACCAGAUACAGGAAGUGAUUAGACCACUGGGUUGGAAACCUCACUAUGUCUGUAGUACCUCCUCUGGUGACCUCCUGGUUGUCAUGGUCAGUGAUGAUUAUAAACAAUCAAAGGUUGUCCGUUACUCUGGAUCCACAGAGAAACAAACCAUUCAGUUUGAUAGUGAAGGUAAACCUCUUUAUUCAACUGGCGGCCUUAAAUACAUCAGUGAAAAAAGGAACCUGGAUAUUUGUGUGGCUGACUGGGAAGCCCGUGCAAUAGUGGUGGUUAAUCAGGCAGGAAAACUCCGAUUUAGAUACAUUGGUCGCUCUACUAUCAAGGGACCAUUAAGACCAUACGGCAUCACAACAGACAGCCGGAGUCAGAUCUUGACAACAGACUUGAACAUUCACCGUAUCUACAUCCUUCAUCAAGACGGACAGUUCCUCCGUUACAUUGAUAACUAUGAUCUACAGUUUCCAUAUGGUUUAUGUGUAGACAUCAGAAACAACCUCUUUGUGGCUGAGUGGCACAGUGUGCAAAGAAUAUGUCCUACCUAUGAAGGAAUUGCAUUAGAUUUAAACUCUGAAAAACGUAACUUGGAAAAACAUUAUGAUAAACUGACAACAGCUGUCACCAAACAAGGAGAAGACUGGCACAGAGAAAUUAACAUCAUUGUCAACAAACAGAAAUCUGAAAUUGAUGAGAUGAAAACUAGACACCUGGCUGCUCUGAAUAAACAGGAAAAUGGAAUCAAACAGAUUACUUCUGAUGUUAAACAGAGCAUUUUUGAUUUGAAGAAAAUAUUAGAUUCCGAUGACGUUUCCUUAGCCUCUACCUAUAAAUCAAAGAAUGCUGAAUUCAGAAGAUUACCUCCUAAAGUCAGUGUUUCAUUACCAAGUUUCUUUCUUCAUCAAAUCAACACAGAACUGCUCCAUCAAAUGUUUGGUUCUCUGUCAGCAUUAUCCGUUACAACAGAUGAACAUGGCUACACAAUGAAGACACCAGAAGCUGUAUCCUGUCCUUUUGUCAAACCACUACUUGAUGAACCAGAGCUCAUCACCACCAUAGACACUAGGUAUAGACUAUACAGUGUUACGUGUCUCAGUGAUGAAGAAAUCUGGACAUGUGGAUUAGACGCAAUCAUGAAACUCUACAACCUCCAGGGCAAACUACUGAAGUCAAUCCAAACCAAGUCGGGGAACAUACCACGUGACAUAGCGGUGACAAGGAGUGGAGAUCUAGUUUAUACUGACCCUGUUACAAGAAUUGUAAACAUAGUGAAGGAUGAACAGAUACAAGAAGUGAUCACACUACAGGGAUGGAGACCUUACCAUGUCUGUAGUACCUCCUCUGGUGACCUAUUGGUUACCAUGGACAGUGAUGAUUAUAAACAAUCAAAAGUUGUCCGUUACUCUGGCUCCACAGAGAAACAAACCACCCAGUUUGACAGUGAAGGUAAACUUCUGUAUUCAUUUGGUGAACUUAAAUGCAUCAGUGAGAACAGGAACCUGGAUAUCUGUGUGGCUGACAAUGGAGCAUGUGCAGUAGUGGUGAUUAAUCAGGCAGGAAAACUCCGAUUUAGAUACACUGGUCAUCCAUCUACUAACAAGGAAUCAUUUGAUCCAUAUGGCAUCACAACGGACAGCCAGAGUCAGAUCCUGACAUCAGACCGUAUCAACCGCUGUAUCCACAUCCUAGAUCAGGACGGACAGUUCCUCCGUUACAUUGAUAACUGUAACCUACUACCAUGGGGUUUAUGUGUUGACACCAGAGACAACCUCUUUGUGGCUGAUUAUGACAGUGGUAAAUUGAAGAAAAUCAAAUACAUGUAAUCAAUGUGUUUUAAAUAAUGACAUGUUUGUGAUAGAAUUGUUCCAGUAGCCAAAAUCACAAGAGGUAGUUUAAUUCACUUUCUAGUGUUGAUGUGUGCGUGUGUGUGAAAAUAUUUUCAGUACUAUCAAUAAGGUAUCACAUAUAAAUAAAAAAUCAAUUAUUUAUAAUAAUCGUUUCAGAAUUCUA